AUGAACCAGUUCAGGAGAAAGAUUCGCGUAAGAAAAGUAUCGAAAAGAAUCGCGCGGACGACGAGGCACAACUCCUUCAUCAGCACUGCCAAGGUGCGGGGGGCGCGUGGUCAGUGGCGUGAGGUUCUAAGGCUGCUCGACAAAAUGGCCGAGGACGGCAUUCCUCUCAACAGCUAUGCCUACAACAGCGCUCUGAGCUCGAUCGCCAAGUCCGGACGAUGGCGCGAAGCGUUGGCAUUGCGAGACCGGAUGCUGUCCGAAGGAGUCAGACUUGACGGCUACACUUUCAGCGCGCUGAUCGAGGCCUGUUCCAAGGGGGGAAAUGUAGCGAAGGGCGUGGAACUCCUGCGGGAAAUGGUCGAUGCGGGCGUUGCAAGAGAUUGCUUCUCCUACAACGCGGCGCUACAUGGGUUCGUCCGAAACGGCGACUCGAAAAACGCGUUGCUUAUGCUCGAAGAUAUGGUUGCGGAUGGCGUGCGGCCAGAUGCCAUCACCUACGGCACGUUGCUCGCAUGUUGUGGGAACUCAGGAGAAUGGAAGCUCUGCAUGAGCCUCAUGGACCGCAUGCGAUCGGAGGGGAUCACCCCCAACGCUUACAGCUUCAGUCCCCUCAUCAAGGCUUGCGGCAAGGAGGGACGCUGGGCGCUGGCAGUGAAGACCCUUGAGGACAUGGAGGCGUCGGGGCCUACACCGAACGAACACAACUGGCUGAUGGCCAUCGGCGCCUGCGGGAACGCCGGACAGUGGGAGGAGGCUCUACGUCUGAUCGACAAGCUGGAGGCCUUGGCGCUGGGGGGGGAGGGCGUGCCGAUGUCGACCACCAUGUACAAUUUUGGGAUUGACGCGUGCGCCAGAGCCGGGAGAUGGGACCAGGGCGUGGCGCUCCUAGAGAGGAUGAAGAGCAACCCAGCGACGCCGCCCGACGCGCAAACGUACUCUUACCUCAUCGACGCCUGCGCCAAGGAUGCCAACUUGGAGGAUGCCCUGGCGUACCUCACGGAGAUGAGAGCUGUUGGACUGGCGCCCACAUUUUUCGCCUAUAUUUCUGCGAUGAGCGCGAUAAAGGUAGCUGGACAGUGGAAAGAAGCUCUUAGCCUGCUGGACGAGAUGGCCAAGGGCAGGCUUAUUUCAGACGUGUUUAGCUUCUACAAUGUGGUGGACGCGUACGGCAAGGACGGUCAGCUAGCGCGCACGCUGGUCCAGACCAGUGCCAAUCCAACGGAGAUCGCCGCAGAUUCCGAAAACGAGAUGAGAUCCGAUGCGGAUCUGAACGCGUGGCGGGCGGAGGAUCCAGACGAACUGGUGAAGCGAAUGGAGAACAACGGAGUCGAGCUAGACGUGAUGAGCUUCAACAUCCUCAUCGAUGCCUGCGCCAGAGGAGGGAGUCAUUGGGCAGCCGCAAGGCUCCUCACUAAGAUGAAGUCCCUCGGACUGCGACCGAACAGCUUGAGCUACAACCCCAUCAUCCACAGCUGCAGGGGCGGUACGGACGAGGAGUGGCGGCUUGCCCUUGACCUCCUCGACGAGAUGCGGAAAUCCGGUCUGACGCCUGACGUUAUCAGUUUCAACACAGCGAUCACGUCCUGCGCGAAGGCUGGGGAUUGGCGACGUUCGCUUAAUCUUUUCGCGGGCAUGAAGGUCGAGGGGGUCACGCCCGAUAUCCUAUCGUACAACGCCGUCAUCAGCGCUUGUGCGAAGGGGGGGCAAUGGCGGAUUGGGCUCGAGCUCCUGGCAAAGGUGCGUGCGGACCCCACGCUGGAGGCCAACCAGAGAACCUACACGUCCGCAAUCAACUGUUUUCAGCAGUUCCAGGGAGGACAAUCGGUGGCAAGCUUGGCGUCGACGUUGGCAGGACAAAGCUCUCGCGAGGAGAUGCUCCUCAAUCCGAUACCGACCAGCGAUGUUUAUCUAGGAGGGUCUCCGGGUACGCCGGAGGGCGGUGAAGUUGGUUAA